AUGGCUUCCAACGCACCUGGACAGUGUUGCAUAGAAGGUGUCAAGCAUGAAGGUGCUACCAAAGGUUCCAUGAUCAAAGUUAGAGGAUUUGAUGCCUACAUCGUUGCCCCCACUGGCAGCAUCGUCCACAAAAACACAGCUAUCCUCUACUUGCCCGAUUACUAUAGUAUAUACACCAACGCCCAGCUAAUUGCUGAUCAAUUUGCGGCAAACGGUUACUACACCAUCGUCCCUGAUGUCUUCUGCGGCGAUGACUUCGGCAAGACCCCCAAAGGUCCCGACUUUGCCCUCGUUCCUUGGCUUCAAAGCAAGCACGCGCCUAAGGAUGUCGAGCCCGUGGUAGAUGCUGCCCUACAGCAUUUAGCGGAGGAGGGAUACACGAAGAUCGGCUCAGUCGGAUACUGCUUCGGAGCUAAAUACACCAUUCGCUAUUUAGCCAAGGGACGUGGCGUCUCUGUCGGAUACGUCGCACAUCCGUCAUUUGUCGACGAGGACGAACUCAGGGCCAUCACUGGCCCUCUCAGCAUCACUGCAGCAGAGACGGAUGAGAUUUUCCCUUCUGAAAAGCGUCAGAAGAGUGAGAAAAUUCUUCGUGAGAUCAAAGUUCCUUUCCAGAUCAACCUUUACAGUGGGGUCUCGCAUGGCUUUUCGGUUCGUCCGGAUCUUUCUGUCAGGAUUGAGAAGUUUUCUAAAGAGGCUGCUUUCUUUCAGGCUGUUCAGUGGUUCAAUGAGUACUUGGUAUAG